AGGCAGCCCGCUUCCGCCAAGUGGUACGACCGCAGAGACUAUGUCUUCAUCGAGUUCUGCGUGGAGGACAGCCGGGACGUGCACGUGAACUUCGAGAAAGCCAAACUCACCUUCAGUUGUCUCGGAGGAAGCGAUAAUUUUAAACAUUUAAAUGAAAUCGACCUUUUUAAUAAUAUUGAUCCAAAUGAAUCAAAGCAUAAAAGAACAGACAGAUCUAUCCUGUGUUGUUUACGAAAAGGAGAGUCUGGUCAGGCAUGGCCCAGGUUAACAAAAGAGAGGGCAAAGCUCAACUGGCUCAGUGUGGACUUCAACAACUGGAAAGACUGGGAAGACGACUCAGAUGAAGACAUGUCCAAUUUCGAUCGCUUUUCCGAGAUGAUGAACAACAUGGGUGGAGAUGACGACGUAGACUUGCCAGAAGUAGAUGGGGCAGAUGAUGACUCACCAGACAGUGAUGAUGAAAAAAUGCCAGAUCUGGAGUAAGAAAAAGUGUCGUCUUCAGGGUUUGGGGAAAGAACUUCAUCACAACAUUUCAUACCCGAGAUAAGAAUCCCUGAGUUGAUAGCCCUAAUGGGAGCUCCUGCAUCCUUUAACCCAUUUUCAGUCCAUUUUCAAUGGCUUCACUGGUGGUAGGUGUGUACCAGGGCACGGGGCGGUCUUAAAGCCACGAGAGGCAAUAACUUUAUGCAUGAACCAGUUUUCCAGACUUCCAAAAGCAACCCACAACCACCACCCCCCAGUUGAGGUGUAGGCCAUGGAGACAGAACAGUUGCAAUAAAGUUUACAGAGCCUC